AUGCCUCAACUGCGACCGCCUGGGCCUCGAGUGCAUGGGCUACACCGUCAAACGGCCGGAUUUUCUGAAGGAAGAAGAGGAGAUAAAGCCCUCGAGGACGGCCAGACUGAGGAAGAAGACCUCGACCAGCAAGUAGCUUCUUCAGGGCAUCAACAUAUUAUCGAGCGGCUCCGCUUUGUAGCGCCUGCAGAGCUUACUUCGGAGGCGGUGGUGGUGUCGGCCAUCACGGCUUUGUCGUAUGUGACCUUUGCGGGGGGUACGGCGCCGCAGUGGAAAGAGUCGCUGGCAGUCAUACGGGGAUGUCUUGCUUCUAGUCUGGCAGCUUCUUCCAAGCUUGGAGACUUUUCCUUGCAGGCUGACUCGCCGAAUGUGCCUUGGAAACAGUAUCGACCGCUGAUAGAGUUCAUGAUCCGUCUAGACAUCAUUGGGUCGGUGACGGAGAACAAGCCAUCGCGGCUCUUGGAUGUCUAUCGGGUGCUGCUGAAACCCUCGAAGACGGAUCCGACGACCGAGACGCAAUGUAUACUACCUCAUCUUGUAGGAUGCGACAACACCACCCUGCUGGUGAUUGCCGAAUGCGCCACCCUCUCCCACUGGCGCACCUCUGCCGAAAACGAAGGCCGCCUCCAAGUCGACGAGCUCGUCCGCCGUGGUCAAGAUAUCGAAGAUCUCAUGGACCACCGUGAUGAACGAGAGGCGUGUCUGGGCGAAGCUGAUUCAAAGCUUCCAGAGGGCCAGGCGGAUAAGGUGAGGGCCAUGAGGGAGGCGUUCUUUUGUGGGGCGAGGGUGCUUUGGGCGACCGUGGUCAAUGGGCCUUUCCCUGGAGUUCCCAAGGUCAGUCUGGCAGUCCAAGAGACUAUCACCGCCCUUCAAAGCCUCUUCAAUCUGCAUGGCAGCACAGACAUCAACCGUGUCCUCAUCUUUCCCAUCACCCUCGCCGGUGCCCAUGCCGAAACGCCUUCGCAACAAGCAUUCUUCCGAAACAUGUUUAGCGACAUGUCGGAAACGGAUAAAGCGUUUGGGAAUAGGUGGGCAGUGCUGCAGAUGAUGGAGGAAGUGUGGCGGAAGAGGAGGUCGAUGGGUAAAGGGGCGAGGGUUGAGUGGAGGGAGAUGAUGAAGAAUAUGGGGUGGGAUGCGGGUGUGCUGCUCGUAUGA